AUGACUGAGAUAGAAAGAGAUUCACGAUUAAGUUUACGGAUUGCAAAUCUCAACCGUUUGAUCACACCAACAACUGAGAUUGAAAUUAUUUUAAAAAAUAAAAAGAAAAUUAUAGACGGAAGUUUAGGGUUCCUCCUCCUCGCUUCUUCCUCACACACCUGCUUCUUCUUGUCGAUCGCUUUGACCUUUUGGAGCCUUACCAAAUCUGUGAAAGGUUUACUAGGUUAUGGUGAAGGUCUGGAAGUGGUUAAUCCAGAUGGAGGCGCGGAAGAUGCCGAAGAGGAAGCAAAGAGAGGAAGAUGGAAACAGGAGGUUCCCUACUUACCCAUGUUCUGCUUAGCUUUGAAACUAUGUAUCUGCCGUGCGAGGAAGAAGCGACGAGGAGGAAGAACUUUCACCCAUAUUUUUGGAUUUUAUCUUUUUAUUUGCACAGUUAAUCCAACGGCUAGUGUACGAAGCCCGUAUGAAUUGUGAGUUACGGGUCUGUGCAUAUGAGAUCUGCUACCUUUUCCUAUAUAUAUGAUCCUCUCUCUUCUGCCCCAAAUGUAAGACGACCGAAUAACAAAACCAAUGUCAGAUUAAAUUGGGGUGAGCUUUAUUUACACCCUA